AAGGCUUUCUAGCAAAAAAAUGACUAUUACAGUUUUCGGUCACCCUGCAUCUACCUGUACCCUUGUAGUAUUACAUAGUCUUAAAGAAUUAGGAUUAUCUUAUGAAGUCGUUCAACCAAGUAGUUUCGAAGAAAUUAAAACUCCAGAAUAUAUAGCUACCAAACAUCCUUUCGGAAGAAUUCCUUCUCUCAGCGAUGACGGAUUCCAUAUUUACGAAUCUCGUGCAAUAAUUCGUUAUUUGAUAAAUAAAUAUCAAGGAACCAAAACUUCUACCAUCCUUAUUCCUUCUGACGUACAUAAAGCCGCUUUGGUAGAUCAAUUUAUUUCUGUAGAAACCUCUUAUUAUAGUCCACAUUUAAGUAAAUUGGUCUAUCAAUUAGUAUUCAAGAAACAUCAUGGUGGUGAACCUGAUCUUAAAAUUGUUAACGAAGCUCGUGAUGAAAUUGGUAAAACUUUAGAUGUUUAUGAAAAAUUAUUGGAGGGUAAAGAUUAUUUAACUGGGGAAUUUUCUUUAGCUGAUCUUCUUCAUAUUCCUUAUGCUUUUUAUGUUUUUAAAAUCGGUGAAGGUGAUUUAUGGAAUAAACGUCCUAAUGUUUCUAGAUGGUGGAAGAACCUUAGCGAACGUGAAUGUUGGAAAAAUAUUGUUACUGAAUAUAAAUUAUUGGAACUAGAACAGUAAUAAUAUUUUUUUUUUUAAAAAAAAAAAUUUUUUUGAUAAGUAGCUUAUUCUUGUGUAGAUUAUACUGUGUAAGCAAUUGCGUAUUUUAAUCAAAUAAAUUUAAUUUUUAAAUAACUCU